AGAAAAACAGCUUACUUUUCUUAAUGUCCGUUUUCAGUUUAGUGGAAGAACUGCUUCUUAUUAAUCAGAAUAUGCAAACCGUGUAGAAGAGUCAUUAAAAUGACAAAUGUCUUUAAUUUGCUGUCAUGGAUCUUGAUUCUACUCGUCCUUGGUGUGACGGGUGUUUAUGCAGAUGCUGUCUUGGUGUCAGUGAUGGAAGAAGAUUCAGUCACUCUACACACUGAUGUUAAAAAUCAACAGCCUGCAGACAUUAAAUGGUAUUUUAAUAACCUCCGCAUCGCUCAACGCGAUGCAGAUCUCAGUUUUAUCUGUACAGAUGUUCAGUGUAAUGAAGGCACUGAGAGAUUCAGAGACAGACUGAAGCUGGACAAUCAGACUGGAGCUCUGACCAUCAUGAACAUCAGAUACACACACUCUGGAGAAUAUCAUCCAGUGGUCAAUGGCAAUGGCAAUGGCAAAGGCAAUGGGGGAAGGAGCUUUAAUGUUACUGUCCAUGAUAAUCCUGAUGCUCACCGUAAUCAAGUAAAAAACCCAGGAGAAUUCGUCACUUUUAAUCCUGGCGUGAGAAGUGACCAAAAUGUUGUGAUGAGUUUUUUUUAUAAUAAUAUUCUCAUUGCUGAGAUCACUGGAAAUCAGAGUCAGAUCUGCACUGAUGUUCAGUGUAAAGAGAGAUUCACAGAGAGACUGAAACUGGACAAUGACACUGGAUCCCUCACCAUCACAAACAUCAGAAACACAGACUCUGGAAAUUAUACAUCAGAGAUUUUCAUUAGGAGUGACGGACGCUUUAGCAUCACCAGAGAGAAGAGGUUCGGUCUUACUGUCAUUUCUCCUCCACCUUCACAUCUGUCUGGAGGUGCAAUAGCAGGAAUAGUUGUUGGGCUGGUUGUCGUUGCUGCUGUUGUUGCUGGUGUGAUUUAUUAUCUUCGCCUAAAAAAAUUUGGAUCAGCAGCACAGGAUCGUGAUGACCCUACUAGCGUCCUUUGAGGGAGAUGGGGGAUUCUUAAAUCAGACUCAGGCUGCCAAUAAAACAACACAGCAACAUAUUGUUCCUGAAGAAGAGACUGGAGAGGAUACGCUAUUGGAGAAUCGUGAAGAAACUUGGUGCUAAAAAAACUGAUUAGCUUCAGUUUGGAGGAGGUGUUGAAGAGGGUCAGUGGAGGAUCAGCACUGCCGGAGUGAGAAGGUGAUUGAACAGAACUUCAGCUCUCUGUGCUCAACAUCUUGUUGAUGGGACAAUUCAUCAACACCGAUCUCUUUGACCAGAUUUAAUACUUUCCGUCCAAUAGAGUGGAGGAACUAUGACAUCACCUUGAAGGCUAAUCGGCUGCUAGCAUAAAACUGGUUGCCUCGAUAAAAUCCCCAUAGGAUUUUCCCAUAGGCUUUUCAAAGAUUGUAAAUAAUAAGCUGUGUUCAAACACUGUUCAUUACAACACAUCUGUAUAUAGACCUGCGUGCCUUUUGGAUAGAUAUUUUUUUUUUGUGGGAAAUACAUUCGUUUUGCUUCACAGUUGUUGUAAAAGUUUUAAAACACAUACUGCGUUUUACAAACGUGCCUACAUAGUAUUAUCAUAAUACAUUUAAAUAAGUGUAUCGCGCAUGUGCUUACCUAGUAAUAGACGAUAGAAAUGAGGCGCGAAGGACAGCUAUCAAAUGUCUGCAAGUUCCAUCAUGGAUAGAGAACAGCAUUCGAUAUGCUUUUUCUGACAGGAAGUACAGCGAAAAGUAGCCCAUACAGUCACAUCUGCUAUACAUGUGAAGGAAGAUUGUAAAUAUUGCAUUUAUGACAGAGAUAAAUGUGUUCAGAUGAAAAAGAACCCAAAAAAAAAAAAUCAAUUAAUUGCAUAAAUAUUACCUGUCAUUUUAACAUGUUUUUACACAUUUAUUCACACGUUUGCAUUACUGAGAGCAGGAAAGAGACAUGCUGCACUGGUAAGUAAUAUCUUCAUAAUAUCAUUUAAUUAAAAUAAAGGAUCAACAAAUUAAUCUAUCUUGACGGUCUCUACUUAUGAAGGCAUUAUCUACACACAAUAUGAAAUCCCAAUUAGAAAAAUACUACAAACUAUAAAAAACUAUUUAUGAAAACAGCAGACAAAUCUAAAUGCCCAACACAAGCGGGCUGCGUUCCAGAUCAGCUCGAUGGCGAAUAAUGUCUCCGACACCACUUGUAGUCCCAUUUAGCAACUUGAUAGCAAUCGUCUUUAAAGAAGCGUAACCAAUUUAAAAAAAUCAAGAGAUGUAACUGUGUUUUAUGUUGCAGAAUAAAAUGUUAAAGUAUCUUGAGUUUGUGUUAGCCAUGAAACUUAAGCGAUUUAACUGAAAUCUCAUUAAAAAAGCCCAUUGACUUGGGGACGAGGGAAUCGGAACUGCUAAAAUGCUGACUCGCUUUCAGGUUUUUUGCAUACAAAUUGACGUCAUAGUUUCUCCACUCUAAUACCUGUGACCUGCCCCAGAAUUAGACAUUGGACUUGCACCCAACCCUGGAAUAUCCCAUAAAACAUUUGGGAAUAAAUCGCUCUUUCCAUCCACUGAGCAAAAGAGAACAAAAUAGCCUUUUCCUGAUAAACUGGUGCCAAAUAUCCAAAAACAAAAAGGAGUUUUCUGCGGUAGGAGAAGCUUCUGUGAGCCUUAUUCUCAUAUAAUCAUUUGUGCCUCAGAAGAUGAAGACGAAAUGCAUAUGAGCACACGGUGGCUUUUGGAGGCGUGACAUGCUCUUUAAGACGCUUAAAACUCUGUAAUGUAAAUGCUCACCACACACCAGCUAUUGGUGGAGUGGAGAGACAGUGAUAGAGCGAAUUCGGUGGAUGGGGAUGAUUGGGAGGUCAUGAUGGAUAAGGGCAGAUGGAGGAAAUUUGGCGAGGACACCGUGGUUACACCCCUACUUUUUACAAGAAGUGCCAUGGGAUUUUUAAUGACCACAGAGAAUCAGACCUCAGUUUAACGUCUCAUCUGAAAGACGCCGCUCACUGACGUAUAGUGUCCUUUUCACUAUACUGGGGCAGUAGGACUCACACAGACCACAGGUUGAGCACCCCCUGCUGGCCUCUACUUCCAACAGCAACCUAGUUUUCCUAUGUGGUCUCCCUUUCAGGUACUGACCAGGCUCAGCCCUCCUUUGAUUCACUGAGUAACGGGUCUUGGGCUGCCGGGUGAUAUGGCUGUGUCUGUGACAACGGACUGAGUGAUUUAUAAAAUAACCAAAACAACAUUUCAGAUGUUUUACAAUUUGUAGUCUGUUACCUGAAUGUCUUCAAAAGCUCCUGCAACUUUACUUAAACACAAACACAACUACAUCAUCUAACUCUAUUACCUUGACUAACCCCAGAGAGAAAGCUACUAAUGGUCAUUUUGCUUUUGCUGCCUCAAAUGACUGGAAUUUCCUACUAAAGCUAUUAAACCUAGGGCUCAGUCUGUGCAUUAAAUAAACUGCCAGUGGCCAGUCAGAUGAAAUUGUUGACAGCAUUAACUUGGAUAAUAAGCCACAUCUUUUGCUGCUGCUGCAUCUUUUGUUUUUGCUCAAUCUAUCCUGUAUUCUGUAUUGUUUACUGACUGGUGUAUAGUACUGUUUAUUGUCUGAUGUUAAACUUUUUUUUUUUUAAUUCCGAAAGAUUUGUAGGUUGUAUCAAAAUGUAGCUGCUUAGCUUUGUAAAUUUAAGAUGGCAAACAACUCUUAGUACCAUUUUAUUUAAAGAGCCCAUAUUAUACAUGAAAUGGGGUCAUAUUUAGGUUUUAAGGGUCUCCAACAACAGUCUAAUAUGCAUGCAAGGUCAUAAAACACUUUGAUGGUCUUAUAAUCUGCAUUUAGUUUUACCUAAUUAUCCCAGCGACUCCCAUAUGAUUCGUUCAGCGAUUCAUUUGUUCCCAAACCGUCCUCAGCGCGAAGCUAAUCUGCGCUGAUUGGACCGAUGACAGCCUGUUGUGAUUGGUCGAAACUGACAGCCUUCAACGCGAGACAGAGUGAAUGCCCAGCAGCUAAUCAACAAUAUAAAAGUAGUCACAGUGCAUACACGCUUCAUAGUGUAAGGUGUGGAUUUUGGCUGCCAGUGGGUGAAUGUAAAUACAGACAAUGGACUUAAAAAAACAGACGACAAACUAUUUUAUUGAGCAAAAACUCCAAGAACUGGCGAGGAGCCCUUCACCUGCUCUUUUCACACACACACACACACACACACACACACACACACACACACACACACACACAAACACCUCCGCGACACCUCCCUCACCACCCGCGUCCUCGGUUAUGUCUGUGACACCCCCCGGUCCUCACGUUGCUAACGGGUCACUUUCGUUUUCACUUUCGGGUUGAAGGUGGUGUGAUCGUCCUUAACCUAGAUCGGCAGUUCAGCUUGCUGAACCGGCCCUGCGCAACACACACACGCUCGCACACACACUCAUCGUUCGCCUAGACUAGAGUGCCAGUUCAGCUUGCUGGGUCCAAUUUAGACAGCUCCCUUGAAUCUGAGCUGAACAUUUUGAAACUUGACCGUUGCAUGUGUGUAGGAACAGCUGACGAUCCGUAAACAAAGCGGCACGCGUCGUGUUUUCAACGUGGUUUUACACGCGAUAUGAGAAUAUAAAGUUACCCUGAUACAGUACACGCGGUUACAAGUAACAAAACACAACUAAAUACAUAAUUUGCAAGCUAGAGUAAAUGAGGCAACAGUUUUAAUCGCACGUACUUACACUGGUGAAAUGGGGGAAGAAACUGAUUCAUGAUGCACUGAUCCAUGUUCUGACAGUCUAUACUGAUCCUUCCUUUAACAAACUGAAGAAGUCUUCUUUGUAAGCAUGUAGUUUCCAACAGCACUCGAACUGCUCAAGGCUAGGCUAUAUUGCUGAGGUUUCAUCUUUGAUUAGACUGUCAAUAAUAUCCAUCUGCACAGCGUGACUUCAUUCGACCGGUGUCUGUGUGCGUCUCUGUGUGUGUGUGGGGGGCUUUUUUUCUGUGUUAGUGGGCGGGGCCGCAGGUUUCGAAUGUCCCGGGUUUGCGCGCGCAACUACUUGUGUUUCGCAGCCGCGUCAUCACGAAGCACCUAAUGACUCGUUAUCAAGACGACUCGUUUGAAGCACUAUGAGUCGACUCUUUUAUAGAUGAAUCAAUAGUUUUAAACACUGUACACUUACAGAUUUAAGCCGUAGCUGGACAUUUCACUUCACUUAGAGCUGUGUUACACACUACAUGGAAGGGCAUUUUCAAAAACCCAUAAUAUGGGCUCUUUAAAAAAAAAUAAUAAUAAAGUGUAAAAUGACUUGUACCAUGCAAAAUUCAGUGUUGAUAAAGGGGAAGUUCACACAAAAGAAAAUUGUCAUUUAAUCUCAUUUUAUUUGUUUCAAACCUUUGAGUUUCUUAUUUUUAUUUAACACAAAAGAAGAUAUUUUGAAACAUGGUGGAAAGCUGUAACCACUGACUUCCACAGGAGUUGCUUUGGCUACGAUGGAUUCUUCAAAACACCUUAUUUUGUGUUCAACAGAAACUCAAAGGCUUGGAACCAAUUGAGUGCGAGUAAAUAGUGAGUAAAUACAUUUUGGGGGGGUAAACUAGUUCAUAUUUACACUACCUCAAUUAACUUCUCCAUUUACCUCUGUCUAAUAAUCAAGCCUGAUCAAUUCUUAAUUGUGAAUUACAUAUAAUCUUCAAUGAAUAGUGUAGUCAAUGAGUUCAUCUAAAUUAAAUUUUACAAUAAGCUUCUUAAUGUUUUACGACUAGAUGAAACAAAUAUUAAUAUAUAAUAUUAAUAUUUUAAGCCACCUCGUUAAAAUUGGAGCAAGAGUGGGGUUACAUUUAAACUAAAACACAUAUGUUUAGCUGUGCCUUUACCGAAUGACCACUUGGUCCAACAGACCACAGUAUUAUGUCUUUUUUUUUUCUUUUUCAUUGUUUUAAAUGAACAUCUUUUAAUCUGUUUUAAUUUUAAUCUGUUUUUAAUAAUUUUUAAUCUUUGUUAUUUUUAUGUUCUAACACUUGUCUCUUUUAGUCUUGUUUAUGUAAUGUACUUUGAAUUACCAUUGUGUAUGAAAUGAGCUUUUUGAAAAUAAACUGGUCUUGUCUUGCCAAAAACAAAAGUGUGCAUUGGAAAGACCAACACACAGUGAGCCUUCAUCCACCAGUAGACACCUUCAUUGGACUAACUGGGUGGACCAUAGAAAACGAAACUACUGUCCUUGUAAUACAGAGUUUUAACAAAUUACAUAACUUAAAUGGCCAGGUAUUAUAAUGAUAGACUCCGAAAGCCUUAAAGGUGCAGUAGGUGAUCUGCCUAAAUGCUAAUUGGUUAGCAUAAUAGCUUUGAAACACAAUCCCUCCCCUACCGUCCAAAGCCACGCCUCCUGAUAUCACGCGAACGCGCACACCUUAAAGAUGACAGAGACCUACUAGAUCAGGGGUGUCCAAACUCGGUCCUGGAGAGCCGGUGUCCUGCAGAUUUUAGCUCCAACUUGCCUCAACACACCUGCACGGAUGUUUCUAGAAAGCCUAGUAAGUGCUUGAUUAGCUAGCCCAGGUGUGUCUGAUUGGGGUUGGAACUAAACUUUGCAGGACACCGGCCCUCCAGGACCGAGCUUGGACAUGCCUGUACUAGAUCAUGUGAUUUGCCAGUUAGCAAACUUUAUAGUACUUUAGAAUUCUAAACGAAAAACUAUUAUAUCUAGCAUGUAUUCAGAUGAGUAGCAAAACUUGUCAUGAUGUGCAAUAUUUCAUGCAUGCAAGGAUUGCUGGCUUCACUCUCUCAAGGGCUUCCUAAAGCUACUGUAUACUUGGUGGUUGCCCGGUGGGCUGCAGGAAUUACGCGUAUUACUAAGCCAUACUUGCAUGCCAUUUCAGACCGAAUAUUCAGAGUAGCAUGGUGAACAAUAUAGGGAGCGCAUCACAGGCUGUCAUUGUUCAAAAAUGAACCAAUGUGAAUAUAAAACCAACUUUGCCUCAGUAAAGCAGGCUAGGUGGAAUAGUGCCGCUAGAAGGAUAUAGUCAGUUUUUUUCCCUAGUAAAUACUGCAGUUGUGUUUCAUUGUCUGACUCAGUGAAUUGUGGGUAAAUGCUUUGUAGUUUGGGGUAGAAUGUUUCUCUGUGCUGAUAGUUUGUGCAGUGGGUGAGGAAGUUUUCCACCAUCUUCACCUCUGACUGGGCUGAUGCGGCUCUCAGGGUUGCCAGCUCUGUCUGUUUACAGUCAGACUGUGAGCACUCAGCCUGUAUUUGGUCAUUGUUGUUCAUAAUUUACUGUCCUGUACUGCUGUACUGCUGUAGUACAAUCUCUAUUUAGGUCUAAAUAACAUUGGAGUUUACUUUGUUUUCCGGCUGAUUGAUUCCAGUAAGUCAGAUACUCUUCAUGCAUUUAUCAUCUGAUUGGGCUUAAUUCUGUGGAUGCGCAUGUCUGUGCCCUGAUGCUGCCUGCUGUUGGUCAUAUUUGCUAAGUUGGUUUGUGUUUGUAGCUUCAGGCCUGACAAAUUUUAAUUGGAUGAACAUGUUUUAUUCAUACUUUACCCAGAAUAUAAAAUACAUUUAAAUACAUUUAGAUCAUUUACUGUAAUCAUUACAAUUGGAAUGUUAAGAGACUUUCAACCAGCACAACAAAAAUGUUUCUGAAGACAUGCACAUACUGCACCUUUAAGUGUAUCUCAGGUGAAGUAUCAGUGCAAAAGUGUAAAACAUACGUGCAAAAUACUGACCAAAAAGUGUGUUGAAAGUGCUCUUCUCAGUUAUUCUAAUUCUAUCUGUAUUGUCUAUAGGCUUGUGCCGGUAUUCGGUAAUGCGAUAAAUCACGGUAAUGAAUAUGCACGAUAUUGUUAUCGCGGGCACUUCAAAAUACCGUGAAAAAUAAUAGAUCCAAAUUUAUAUUCUUAGAGCGCGCCUUAGCUUAUUUUCCAUCAACCGCUUGAAGAAACACUGCGUAUAUGCUGCGCAGAACUGAUGCGCACUCUGAUGUAAACAAUGCCCGCAUGUAGAAGCACUGUGUGCACGCCGCCGCUGCCACCGCACUAUAAUCCUCACACGAAGAAGAAGCAUGGCGGAAGGAGGAACGCUGCCGACAAUUUAUCCCCCUUCAGCUUAUUUUCCAUCAACCGCUUGAAGAAACACUGCGUAUAUGCUGCGCAGAACUGAUGCGCACUCUGAUGUAAACAAUGCCCGCAUGUAGAAGCACCGUGUGCGCGCCGCCGCUGCCACCGCACUAUAAUCCUCACAUGAAGAAGAAGCAUGGCGGAAAGAGAAACGCUGCCGACAAUUUAUCCCCCUUCAAAAAGGGUAAAGUCAGAGGUUUGGAAAUAUUUUGGGUUCCAAAAAAAUGCACAGGGAUUGCUGAUCUGACUGUUUCCCUUUGCACAUUCACUUUGAUAUAAUUGCUCAAGUUUACUUUUAUAUUGCGUAUUGUUUUAUUUAUAUUUAUUUGUAUUUAAAUGUUUGAAGUACUUUUAGUUAAUUAAAAAUUUAUUAAAGUUACUAAGUUGACGAAACUGAAGUUUUUUGUGUUUUUUUUACCUGUUUCUCUAGUAAAAUUACAAUAUCGUGAUAAUACCGUAUACCGUGAUAAAAGCUCAAUCAAUUAAUCGCAGCAUGAAAAUGUGAUACCGGCACAUGCCUAAUUGUCUAGUGGUUUGUUCUGCUGGACCAACAGCUUCUGCGUGAGCUUGUGAAAGUGUGAUGUUCUGUUUGAUCUGUUUCUGAAUGAGCGUCUGUGUAAAAACGUGUGGUUGCUUUUUUCCAUUCCUACUCAUGUGUAACCUUGAGACUUCUGCUCUACAGCUUGUUUUACACAAUAAUAAACUCAUCAGUGCUGAUAGUUCACAAAAAGGUCAAAC